GUAAUAAAAUAAGGAACAUAAUUUAACAUUGAAUUUUGCCGGUGUUUGUGGAAUCUUCAUCUCCUAUCUGCUAAAACCCUAUUAUCAUCACUCUUAUAAUACUAACAAGAUUAAUGGGUGUAAUUAAUGGGUGUUCUUCAUCUCUUUGCAUGAUAAAAUCCAACCACAAUGAUUUCGCCUUUUCGUUAUCGCCAUCAUUUGCUUUUUUAAGAAAUCAAAGGACUUUUAGUAGUGGCAGGAGGAUGUUUGAUUGUAUGGCUUCGGCUUCUUCGUCGAGUGAAGCCGUAGCAGCAGCACCAGCUGUUAAACAGCAGUUGACUGGGGAUUCAUUUAUCAGGUCUCAUCUUAGAGAAUUGUCCCCGUAUCAGCCCAUUUUGCCGUUCGAGGUUUUGUCAACUCGUCUCGGUAGGAAGCCUGAGGACAUUGUAAAGUUAGAUGCAAAUGAGAACCCAUAUGGUCCACCUCCAGAGGUAUUUGAGGCAUUGGGACAAUUGAAAUUUCCUUAUAUUUACCCUGACCCUGAAAGUCGUACAUUGCGUGCUGCCCUUGCCGAGGACUCUGGCCUUGAAUCUGAGCAUAUCCUUGUGGGGUGUGGGGCUGAUGAGUUAAUCGAUCUCAUUAUGAGGUGUGUUCUAGAUCCGGGUGACAUUAUUGUUGAUUGUCCUCCAACCUUUACGAUGUAUGAAUUUGAUGCAGCUGUUAAUUGUGCACGUGUCAUAAAGGUACCCCGGAAGAAAGACUUCAGCUUGGAUGUACAAAGGAUUACUGAAGCCAUUGAGCAUGAGAAACCAAAGAUCAUAUUUCUAACUUCUCCAAACAAUCCUGAUGGGAGUGUGAUUAGUGAUGAUGUCUUGUUGAAGAUACUUGAUCUACCAAUACUUGUUGUACUGGAUGAAGCAUAUAUUGAAUUUUCGGGACUUGAUUCUAAGAUGGGAUGGGUAAAGAAGCAUGAUAACCUUAUUGUUCUCCGUACAUUCAGUAAAAGAGCCGGCUUAGCUGGACUACGAGUUGGCUAUGGUGCAUUUCCUUCGAGUAUUAUCCAGUACCUAUGGAGAGCAAAGCAGCCAUAUAAUGUGUCUGUUGCCGCUGAAGUCUCUGCUUGUGCAGCACUGCAGAAUCCCACAUAUUUGGAGAAAGUUAAAGUUGCCCUGGUACAAGAAAGAGAGAGGCUUUACAAGCUUUUGAAAGAAGUGCCCUUUCUAAAUCCAUAUCCAAGCUAUUCAAAUUUUAUUCUUUGCGAGGUUACUGGUGGAAGGGAUGCUAAGAAGCUAAAGGAAGACCUUGCAAAAAUGGGUGUGAUGAUACGUCACUACAGCAAUAAAGAAUUGAAGGGUUAUGUUCGUGUUUCUGUUGGUAAACCUGAACAAACUGAUACUUUAAUGGAAUGCAUUAAACGUGUAUCUUGACGGGGCUGGUCGAGUCAUGAAGAUUGUUUCUUGUGAUUGCUUUCAAAAUUGUGGGUAAACCUAACAUGUUAUUCAGAUAGAGAGAAAGGUCACCAUUUUUAGGCAAUUUGUGAAAAUGAAGUGUUGUAAUUUGAAAUUUCCAGCAUAUGAUUCUUCAUUGUGGAAGCACUUAGCUUGAACUGCAGAUUUUAACGCAAUUUUAGUGCGGUUCGCUGUAUUAUAAAAUAAUGCGAGUGUUUGGUAGGUUCAUGAACUAGAGGUGGCAAAGCAAGUAGCCAUGGUUGCUUAUGUAAUGUGUCGAACUAAGUUACUUAAAAACUCUUUCUGGUAUGUUUGACCUGAUUUUGCAAACAUUUUUUUGACAA